AUGCAAAAGAAUGAUGAUAAACUUAAAAGCGAUUAGAGAAGGAAAUCACCUGGUCACAAAUAUUAGCAGUCUGCAGCUGGACUUAGAAAAAAUAGCCAGGAUAUGUAAAAAGAGCAAGUCAAAUUACAAGGAUCUCUAUCGUUUGAUCAGCUUGGCAUCAAUAAUACAUUCUUAAAUAUACCACCAUCACAAUCGUAACAAUCCUGUGAUUUUUAGAGCAGCAGUAAUGGAAACUCCCAGUAAUUCAAAGUAGAGCUUUCAGACUAGAACUAAUCGAUUAACAUCAUAACUUCAGUACCAAUCUAUAAUAUAAUGAGAGAUGACAUGAUGUAGAAUGGAAGAUAUACCAUUAAAUCUAUCAAUAACAACAACAAUACCUCGAUUGGGAAUAACCUGGAUUAUAACACCCGAGAAAAUACUAAUGCUAAAAAUUUGAUAACCUCUGAAAGAAUGUUCUCAUAGGAUAACAGUUAAUCUAUGAUCUCUGGAUAAGAUCACAAUCAAUUAUAAAUAAUAGAUAACCUUUCAUCUGAUGAAUCUCGAGCCUAAUCCCAAAAUAAGAUAUAUACAGAGUAAAAUCAAUUGGAAACUCAAAAAUCUGAAGAAGAAAUAAAGAUGACUUAAAGACUAAAGAAUCAAAGAGAUAGCAAUAUUCUGAACAGCAAAAGAGAGAGAGAUAGCUACAAUAGUGAUAUCUAAUUUAUCAUUCUAUCCCCUUAGACAGAUGACCUCUCAAUGUUUCAGAGACUUUCAAUCACUAGUAGUGCUGAUGCUAGUGAUGAUGUAGAUGAAGUACCCUCUAGAUAGUCUCAUCCUUAUGAUUAUAACAGCAUUAAUAGCUAAAUCCAAGAUGAGUCAGGAGACAAUCGAUUUUUAGUCAGAUAGAUUAGUUUUAAUCUUAUUAGUUCCCUAAAGAAUUCAAAUGAUAAGCCAAGAUCAAGUUUCAUAUAAAGAGCUUAAGUUAGACUAUCAGGCAGAGUUAGUGAACAAAGAUCAUCUAAUAAUUUUCAGUAUCAGCAGUAAAAGACCUCAAGAGGCUAAUAGUAGAAUGGUAGAUUUCUUAUAGUAAAUCAAAAGAAGGAUAGUUUUAUGACUCUGAGUAAACAUAGUUUCUUAACAAAUGAAUACCUCAGAACUGAAGAUUUUCAUGAUGAUGUUAAUGAAUGUAAUUCCUAGAAAGGAGAAAUAAAGCAUGAUUUCAUUAAUGUUGAUGAUAGAUUUUCACCUGGAGAUAGAAUAAGCUCGGUAUUUAUGAAUAGAUAGCCAAGUUAAGAAGAUGAAAAACUAGAAACAAAAAAGAAUCAGCUCAAUGCUAUGAUUACUAAGGUUCCUCAGAGCAAUGAUCAAGUUUAGAAUGUACUUAUUGUUCAGGAUAAUUAACAGAAUGGAAUUCCUUUCUUUGAACUAGAAAUGGAUUCUUUAGAUAGCGAUGAAGUGAGAGCAUCGGAUCUAAAAUUGCCUGGAUCACAAGAUGUUCACUAAAUUCAUUUCCUCCAAACUUUAGCCGCUUUGAAAAAUAUAUCAACAUUUGUAACUCCAGAUAUCAGUGAGAUAGAACACCUUAUGGUAGAUCUACCGCCUUUUGAUAACCCAAACAUAAAGAAAACUUUGAUAUUUGAUAUGGAUGAAACAUUGAUUCAUUGUGUUGAUGAUAUUGAGACGGAGGAUCCUGAUGUUAUUAUUCCAAUUUUGUUUGAUGAUGAUGAUGAGCCAGUUUAGGCAGGCAUAAACGUUCGACCCUACAUUUAUGAAUGCAUUAGAGAGGCUAAAAAGCAUUUUUAAGUAGGAGUUUUCACAGCCUCUCACAAGACAUACGCAGAUGCUAUUUUAGAUUUCCUAGAUCCUCAUCAUAAGCUAUUUGAUUUCAGAUUUUACAGAGACUCAUGUGUCCACACUUCAUAGGGUUACUAUGUAAAGGACUUGAGAAUCUUUAGAAACAGAGAUUUGAAGGAUAUUGUGAUUGUCGAUAACUCAAUUUAUGCUUUUGGAUUCCAAAUUGAUAACGGAGUGCCAAUUAUAUCAUACUAUAACAAUAAAUCAAAUGACGAAGAGAUGUAACAUAUGAUUUACUACAUUUAAUGCUUGGCCGAUGUGGAUGACAUUAGAGAACUUAACAAAGAGGCUUUUGAAUUGAGUAAACUUAAAGAAUAGCAUGAGUUCAUGCACGGUGAGAAUGGCUUUAGCACAUAGUAAUAAGAAAACAUAUAAAAUAAAGAGAGUCAAUUGUAAAAUGAAAUGCCCUUGAAAAUGGUGACUGAGCUCGAUGAGGAUAUUGAAAUUUUAAAUAACGAGUAUAGCUUUGAAAACGAGGAUUAAAACGAAGAUUAAGAAUUGCAAAUUAAAGAUAAUCUAACUAUGAACUUAACUCAAAAUAAUGGAAGUUCUUUACUUAGACCAUCAGUAUUUUAAUGA